GGUCGAUAUAUGUCCAAGUCGAUAUCGCCCAACAGUACUCCCUCUCACCCAUACCACCACUCUAGCUCGCUAGAGUCCGUGUUCCAUCAUGGCGGUCCAAGGAACGGAGCAGGUGAUCGUUCGAGAUCCAGCAUUAUUCUACUGGAUUCUCCUGCCCAUCACAAUUGUGAUGAUCCUCACUGGCGUCCUUCGACACUACGCCACAGUCCUCCUCGCCAGUCCCCCUAAACCACCCGCCACCCCCGCUGACGCACGCGAACGAUCCGCCGUCGUCCGAGGGGCUACCUUACGGACCAACUUCCCCGUCCUUUCAGAAUCCUCCUGCAAUGCCCGGAAAGAAUAUCUCAUCGACGGAUACAAAAAGGGAACCUUCCUAAAAGGCGGGCCCGAAUCCAAGGGCCAAUCCGCGCCGAAUCCCAUGUCCGACCCGGCCGCAAUGGAAGGCAUGAUGGGCAUGAUGAAGGGAAAUAUGGCCAUGAUGAUCCCCCAAACACUCAUCAUGUCGUGGAUCAAUGCCUUUUUCGCCGGAUUCGUCAUUCUCAAGCUUCCAUUCCCACUGACUAUCCGCUUCAAAUCCAUGUUACAAUCUGGUGUCAUGACUCGAGAUCUCGAUGUGAGAUGGGUGUCUAGUCUGUCGUGGUACUUUUUGUGUCUUUUUGGCCUUCAGAGUGUCUUUAUCUUCAUUCUUGGGAAAGAGAACUCGGCAAGUCAAUUGUCUCAGCAAAUGGCCCAAGCAAAUCCUACGGCAAAUGCGAAUCCUUUUGGUCCCGGUCAGGAUCCAGAUAAGCUGUUUCAAGCUGAGGCUGAGAAUCUCGAAGUGCUGGAACACUGGUCCGUCUUGGAUGGUGCAGAGGAUCGGUUGUUGAGGAUAUAUGGUAUUUGAGGCAGUCGGUGUGUUUUGUAUACUCGCCUGAUGGCGGUACUCAUUCAAUAAUCAGGACCUGUGGGGAUGGUGUCUGGCUGUCAUCCUGCUCGAUUCUCCUUUAUCAGGGCAAUGCUUUUUUUACAUUGGUGAAUCGAUCCAUGGCGGUCUCAUGGGCAAAUUUGUGGGUGGACGUGGAGAAUGUCGCAUCCUCUUCUCCCGGUCAAUCUGCAAUUUGCUCGAUUGUGGUCGACGAGCUUACAGCAGAGACUCCACCACGACAGAGAUCAUUGAUCAUGGAGCGAGGUCGUCCCGGACAUGACAUUGGUCAAGGAGCCAGGCGUAAUGGCGAACAGUGUGCCAUGACGACACCUCCACGUCUGCAAGGAGCAGCUUCUCAGCUUCCGCCUCCUCGGGGUCCAUGUAUAGAAGGAAUAUAAUGAAAUAGAAGGUUAGCACAGACGGAGGCGACGCUACAUAUAGUGCUGCAAGGAAGACAUAUGAUACCUUGUCCUUUGUUCACAAAAGCAUACUUAAGUAUCGUCCGUUCCUCUAG